AUGGGCAGUCAGCUCGUCGAUGUUCCUUAUCUCACGUCACAAUUCAACUUGGACCAACCACCAUACCAAGUGCCAGAUCCAAAUUCGAUGGCCUCAUCUAUCAAGAGUGAAUCUUUCGACAACGUUAUGGGUGGAGCAUUCGACGAUUUUGAGCUCCGAGCCGACCGAUCACUUUCAUAUUCAGGAGCAUCUAGCCAGUCAUUGUCACCUCAACCUCAUAAACGAUCGUCAUUAUCUCUGUUGCCGGAGCUAUCGAUGAAUGGUGACUUGUUCGGACCCAGUAGCGAACAAAUCUCGCCCACCACCUCAAUUUCCCUUUCACGCAAAGACUCUGUUGAUGAGGACCACCGAGCAGAGAGACGCAGGGCGCAGAACAGGGCCGCGCAGAGGGCUUACAGACAGCGAAAAGACCAGAGUCUGAAGCAACGGGAGAAGGAGGUGGAGAGCCUUCGGGAGGAGCUGGACAAAGCUCAACGUCUCAAUCGAACGUUGUGCAAAGUUGUCGCUCUGCUCAGAGAGCGACUGAAAGAGCCUGCCGACCCUGAGGAGCCUUGA